GCGUAGCUGGCACUGAGCAGUGUGAAUGUGAGUCCUGUCGAGCCAAUGAGCUGGGACCGGAUACGAUAUAUCCUCUGGGACAACAACUGGUCUGUUCCUCCUCACAUCCACAUGACGCCAUUUACUAAACCCGACCUCCUCCGGGAAAAAAAAAGAAAAAAAGAAGAGGAGAAAGACUCGAAAGCACCUCAGAUCUCAAAGCAGCCAAACAUUGAACAACCACAGCAACGCUGUUUCAGACACCCCCGCUUUACAAACCACUAAGACGAGUAUCAUACAUCGUUGAAACUCGCAAGUCACAGUAACAUUCUGCAGAUCUGAACGUAUUGAAUUACAUUCAAGAAUCGUUGCAAACAGUUGGAUUUUUUAUUUUUAUUUUUUUACUUUCUUGCAGAGAGUAUAUGCUGAUUUGUUGGCUGUCGCUUACGCCCUCGUGUUCAUGAGGAAAGGAAUAUGUUAUUCUUGCAAGCCAGAAGUGGACCUUGUGAGUGGUAACUUAAUUGGAUCGAUUGCGACAGUGUUGGAUUUUUAGAUGGGUUUACAACCGGACUGAAGCUGUUUUGGAAACUCUACCUGACUUGAAUCUACAGUGUUUGCAAAUUCAAGACGAGAGGGGUGCAGCGCCGUGAUCACUGAUUUCAGAUGUGUUCUAAGCCUGCUGGAGUGAUCGCUCUUCAGAGUACAAAUGGAGACAAGAACUCAGAACGGCAGUGGUUCUCCUGGCCUGCUGCAUUUUCUGCGUGACACUGGGAGGCAGCAUACAGGAGAGCCAGACCCAAGGGAUGUCUUGACUCAUCAGGUCCAGGUGUUGUCGCUUGACCAGAUCAGGAUUAUAAGAAGUACCAAUGAGUACACAGAAGGACCUACGGUGGCUCCCAGACCUGGGAGUAAACCUGUCACCUGCCAACCUUCCCAGCAAAAAACAGAAAGGGUGCAUGGCUUGAGUGAGCAGGAGCAUCAGAGGUUCAACCAGAGGGGACAACAUCACCACCAUCUCACACAUUCUUCUCGGGACCCUUUGACCCGUUCUACAAGUAUAAUGAGCACUGGUUCAAGGAGUAGUACAAGGACAAGGACAAGUACAAGUACAAGUAGUACUUCUUCUGAGCAUAGGGUUUUAGGGGCUCCUCCUCCCUCCCCACCAGGGCCAGUAGUGGACCAGAUAAUCAGGCUGCAGCCCAAGCCUUCGGAACUUAAGUCAGAGCUGAAGCCCUUAAGUCUGGAGAAAUGCAGCAAGCACAUGUACCGCUGUGAGGACUGUGGGAAAUGCAAGUGUGAAGAGUGCACUUCUCCAAGGGCUCUUCCCUCCUGCUGGGUCUGCGACAAGCGGUGCCUUUGCUCUGCACAGAACAUGGUGGACUAUGGUACUUGUGUCUGCUGUGUUAAGGGCCUCUUUUACCACUGCUCCACUGAUGACGAGGAUAACUGUGCAGACAACCCUUGCUCGUGUCAUCGGUCUAACUGUUUUGGUCGGUGGUCUGCCAUGGGUUUUAUGUCCCUCUUUUUGCCCUGCCUGUUGUGUUAUCUUCCUGGCAAGGGUUGCCUUACAUUGUGCCAGGGCUGUUACGACCAUGUCAAGCGGCCUGGCUGCAGGUGCAAAAACACCAAUACAGUCUGUUGCAAAGUUCCAAAUGUCCCGCCUCGGAAUUUCGAGAAGCCAACAUAGGCAGCACAUCUCUAGUAAGGACUUGCAUCAUCCACAACAAACUGAUAACAAUGUUGUAGUUCUGGCACUGUAGUACCAGGGGGUUGGGGAUUUACUUCACUGUUUGAAGUGACAUGCUUUGUGUUUGUUUGUUUUUUUAAAGCUGUAAUCUUAACUGGGAAUUCCUCUGGGGGGGGCUACUUCCUUUUUUUUUUUUUUUUUUAAAGCUCAUGUCCAGAAAUGUAAUUCUUCACUUGUAAUAUAACUGAUAAGCUAAAGCUGUAAACACUCCUGAUCAGUUGUUUAUUGCUGUGAAUAGUACUUGCAAAAUAUGUAAAUUGGCAAAUUACUUUUGUUUUCUGCCAGAGAUAAUGUGUUAUAUUUUUGUAUAUAUAAUGUUUCAACUGUGAAAACAAUGGUGCCAUAGCAAUGACAUCCUGAUAAAAUAUACUAAUAUGUUGUACAUUCGGUUGAAUGUGAAUCAAUCCAUAUAUUUUAGAUUAGGCAAUAUUUUGCCUUACACAAAAGCCCACAAAUACAUGAAUCUCCCCUCAGAUACAUGUAUAUUGUACAGUGACUAUAAAACAGCCUUUAUUUUCUAAUUUUUCAACAUGUAGUGUAAAGAAUAUUUAUUUGAAGUUUUAUUAUUUUAUAUAAAAAAAAGAAAUAUUUAUUUUAAGAGGCAUCUUCAAAAUAUCACUUUUUAAAUGUGUGUGUGUGGGGGGGGGACUUUGUUGUUUCUGCAGAUAAGGGUGAUGCAAAUCAGAUGCAUAUGUUCACUAUAAAAUAGAAAAUAUAUUAACGUUUGAAAUUAAACAAUUGAGUUUUGUGUUUUUUUUUGUGUGUUUGAUACAACGUGUUCGUCUGAAUAAUUACAAAAGAUCCUUUUAAAUUGAUGUAAUUGCAGUGAAACGCUCUUAGUGGGAUCAUAUAUAAAGUCAAUUUUGAUAUUUAUUCAAUGAACCAGUGUCCUGUUAGUGGUUUACACUGUAGUUUACACUGUGUGAGAGUUGGUACAUCAGUAGGCUGGCUUGAAGUGAAUUCAGUAAAUUGUUUUAGUUUUGAUGCUGUAUCUCAUCUAUCCAUCUGUCUCCGCAUCAAAACUAAAACAGAUGUGAAGAUGAGUUAAUGUCUGUAUUUAAAGGCUCAUAUCAUAUUAUACCUCCAUUUUUUGACAUGGUAAAGUCAGACCAUUCUCAGAUUUGAUACAUCGUCACAAUAAACCUUGAACCUUG